CGGACGGAGGGAGUAGUAGUUAGCAGUAGAAGGAAAAAGAAGAACUGGAGGGAGAGAGCAAGAAGGCGAAACAACUAGAAUGGCCGGUGAGGAGGAGGUGCAGGUGGUAGAGUCCUGCUUCGUAACGCCGGCCGUGGACACGCUGAGGAAAGCGCUAUGGCUCUCGGCACUCGACCUCAUGCUAGCCAACAGAGGCUACACCCCGCUCGUUCAUUUCUACCGUCGAUGUCCCGGCACCGAAACCACCGACGACUUCUUCAGCGUGACCAAGUUGAAGACAGCGCUAGGCAAGGCCCUUGUGGGCUUCUACCCCAUGGCCGGCCGCCUCAGGGUGGACGCCGACGGCAGGUUAGAGAUCGAUUGCAACAGCAAGGGCAUGCUUUUCCUCGUGGCUCGCUCCCAACUUACCAUCGACGACUUUAGCGAUUUGAAACCAUCACCAAGGCUGAGGAGGUUGUUUGUUCCCCAAAUGCUCUCAGCUGAGGUGUGUGCCACCCAGGUGACAUUUUUCAAGUGUGGUGGGGUGGCCUUAGGGACGGCAGUGCACCAUGGCACCAUGGAUGGCAUUUCCACGUUCCACUUCUUCCAGACAUGGUCUACUUUCUCGAGGGAUGGCGACCGGGCAGUGGUGAAGCUCCCCUACCAUGACCGCACCCACUUGUGUGCACGGUACCCACCCGCUGUUCAUCCUGACACCCUCUCCCUUUUUUGCCUCAAGAUCAACCUAUCCCAGCCCUUGGGGGCCGUGGUCAAUGAGGUUUUCACCCUUCGCAAGGAUCAACUUUCCACCCUCAAGCGCAUCUGCGGUGGCUCCGGUGUUAGCACCUUCAGUGCCGUGAGCGCCCAUUUGUGGCAGUGCAUGUGUCUAGCUCGACAGCUCCCACCAAACUCCACGACGCGCCUCGCGUUCGCCGCCAACAUCCGGCGCGCCAUGACGCCACCGUUCCCGGACGGUUACUUCGGCAACGCGGUGAUAAACGUCAGUGUUGCCGAUGAAGCGCGUGGCAUCGCCUCGGGCGACCUGGCCUACAUCGCGCACCGGAUCAAGGACACCCUUGGCCGGGUGGACGACGAGCUGGUACGUUCAGCGGUCGACUACCUCGAGCUCGACCAAGCAAAGAGGGACAAUAGCCCUGCCAUAGGCAAUCUACUGGCGACGGACAUGAGAGUGGUCAGCUGGCUCAGCAUGCCGCUGUACGACGUGGAUUUCAGCUGGGGAAAGCCAUUGGCUGUGCUGCGCGCCGAAUCAAACCGUGGAGGCUUCGCACACCUGGUUGACAGCGCGCAUGGGGAUGGCAGCGUGCACAUCGUCAUGUGUAUAGACGCUACCAUCCUCAAGGAAUUCAAGCGUUUGUUGUAUGCCAAGUUCGAGAGCAUGGUGUAUUCCAAGUUCUAGCCGGCCGGGGCUAGUGUUUUCUCACACCUCCGUUUCUAUUUGUGUUCUUCAAGCAUCUCAUAUGUGCCGAGACUAUUAUUUUGAUGGUCUCUGUCGAAUAAUAUAAUUUCAGUUGGCCUAGAUCAAAUAAUUUUCAUGUCCUGGAGUGUGUUAGUGACACGGAUGUUUGAUGUUUGUAACCUAUUGGAUGUUUGUACCCUGAUUAAUAAUCUUAAGCAACUAUGCUAGGCUUAUCCAA